UUUCCGGUUACGUAAUCCUAUCAAGAUGGCGGCGCCCAAGGCGUCCCUGUACCUGGUGGCCCCAAUAUGGAAAGGAGGUCCCAGGGGCAUCCGUGGCCUGAGCAGGACAGUGGCCCCAGAGGGCAAUCAGAGGAAGAGGAGGACGGUGCUCCAGUUCCUGGCUGACCGGUUCUAUGAUGUGCAGGCUCUGAGGGAAUAUCUGCUUCGAAAGCAGGUGUCGAAGGUGCACCAGAAAAAUCGAUCCUUCACCUAUGUCAAGGAGCAGUACGGCCCGUACAUCGCAGCCGCCUAUUUCGUUCUGAAGCAGGGAGGCGCAGUCAAGUUUCAGGGCCAGGAGUGGAUGCGGCCAAAUGGCCGUGGCCGCUUCUCUCUUGAGUUCUUCAAGUUCCAGGCAGUGCCUGUAGAGGCUGUCGAUGCCAGCGGCUGUGCCAUCAACUACCAAGGCCUGGACAACCUCUUGGCCCUGAAGGAGCUCCAGUCCCUGUCGCUGCAGCGUUGUCCCCAUGUGGAUGACUGGUGUCUUAGCCGCCUCUACCAGCUGGCUGGCUCACUGCAGGAGCUCUCACUGGCCGGUUGCCCCCAAGUCUCUGAACGGGGCCUCGCCUGCCUCCACCACCUCCAGAACCUCCGCAGGCUGGACAUCUCCGACCUCCCUGCCGUGUCCAACCCGGGCCUCACUCAGAUCUUGGUGGAGGAGAUGCUGCCCAACUGCAAUGUUCUGGGGGCUGACUGGGCCCAGGGCCUGAAGCUGGGGCCGGAGGAACAGUCUCAGGACACAGCCAGGUCCAUCCCUGCCUAGCCCUCAGCCUCCUCCCCGUCAAGCUGGAUCUCAGCAGAGCUGUGUUGAGUGUCUGACAGUUCUCCAUACUUCUGGCUUUCAGUUGGGUUCAUUCAGUGUGGGGUGGAAUGAGGGGUGCGGCACUGGCAGCUCAGGGGGAAGGAGAGCAGGAGGUCAUGGUAUUUAUUCCCCCACCUGAGGGAGGUGCUGGCUGCACCCUGGGAGGAAAAUCACCACUCCUGUCAUCCUGUCAGGCAGCCUUUCCCACACACUCCCCUCCUUCCCAGUUCCAGUCACCUCCUCCUCCUGCCUCUUCAGGCCUGGAGAGGUCAGGGCUCAGUUGUAAGUCACCCCAGAAAGCUGCACUCUCCCUCGUGGUUUCCCCCGACUUUGCCCACUGCUAUGUCCAGAAAUUCUUGUUUUGGCUUUUGUCAACAGACUCUUCUCAAAUUAUCCUCAUUUGAGUGUGCAACAGUUUCCUGCCGGGACCCUGACUGAUAAUGGGGUGCUACUGGCAUUUUACAGGGUGGUUCUUCCCUGUGUGGGACGACUCAGCUCCCACAGGGUACAGCAUCCUGGCCCACACUCGCUUAAUGCUGGUAGCAUCGCAAGUCCUGUGGUGUUCCCACCUAGCAAUUUAUGGACUCGCAGCUCCAAAUUCAGCUUUCUUGUUAGCUCUGUGAAAAUUGAUCUGAGCCUUUGAAAUAUUUUUCCUUUGCUAACUGGCACGGUAAGGUCAGUAGAGGGCGCUCAAGAGGCAUUACAGAAGGAAAGGCUUUUGCUUCCUGGUUCUGAUCAGGUGAGCUUGCUCAGGUCCCUGCAGUGCAUGUGGCUUCCCCAGCACCUGGCUCCUCAAAGGUGCCAGGUGGUCAGCAGCUUCCCUGGCACCACCUCCCAGUCAGUUUCAUAGAGGAGUGCCUCCAGUGAGGCACCUCCCUGGGAAUGACUCCACCACACCCCAGAAGGUGGAUUUCCAAUAAAUUCCAAAGCACUUUACCGGUGAAUCCUCGUUAUUUCAGUUUGCUGUUAAAGUCAAUAAUUCUUUACAUUAAAUUUUUCCUGCUCAAAUUAC